AGGAAUGUUCCAGAUCCUGUGGCCUGUGCAGUUGUCGUGGGAUUCACGUGUUCCGGGACAAGUGUCAUCGUUCGGGCUACACAACGGAAACGACCGUCGAAUACAGAAGACAUCCACUGCAUGAAAUGUGUGUUGGUGUGGUUCGAAAACGUCAAGUCAACUGCGAAUACUGUCCAGUGGGACGCUUCGUCAUAGUGCACGAGUGCAACCAAGGGACAGGCCUCCGUCUCAUCACUCAUGUGGAGUCAAAGUUUACUUCACCAGAUCCUGUUGUAGCACGCUGUAUUUCGACAACGCAUCAUGAACAGAUCAAGUGUGGGGGCUGUCUCGCCGGCGAUUCUGAUAGGCAAUUGAUCACCACUUGCAAAUAUUUACCAACUGGCCCCGGUGAUACCGAACCAGUUGCCAAGAUGAGGCUGAUCACAGAGUACAUGGUCAAUGAAGGUGGAUGUUGUCGGCUUCGAAGGUCGAUUCGCACUUUCCAUUGCGACGGUUGUCCCCCCAUUCGUAUCGCACGCACUGCCUGCAGCCAGGGCUACAGGCUUAGGCACUUAUUCUUCUUCACCCGUACCGUUCAGCCCAUGCAUCACUCUGUUGCCCGUUGCGUCCGACGCUCAAUAACUAGAAAGGAGCGUUGCACACCUACACCACAUACCCUUCAAGACGAAAGGUGCUUCGACCAGCUGACAACCGCAGAUUGUAAGCUGCUACACUCCAGUGGUGAAUGCGAAAAACCUACGGAAUACACGAGAAAAUUGUGUAAACGAACAUGCCGAUUAUGUAGUUGA